GGCCUACGUAUAAGACUAAUAGAUUAGACGCGACCUAACGCUGGUUGAUGCGAUACGAUACGAUACGACACCACAACUCAAGCCUCAAUUCAACACCUAUCUUUGCCUUCCAUAUAGAUAAUUGAACACGAAAAAAAGAGACAACAUGAGCCUUCAGGAGAGACCCAACGCCCCAACCAUCAUCCGCCUGAGCGAUGAUGAACUGGUCUCUAAGACUGUGAAGUCUCACAAUCUACAAAAGGCUCUUGAAGCAUUAAACGAGGAUGGGCUCGUUGCGAUAGAAAAUGCCAUCGAUCCGGCUCACCUGGACAAGUUGAACGAACGGGUGCUCUCUGACGCUAAGAAGCUCAGGGCAUGCAAGACAACCCAUGUCAACUUCAACCCGGGAUCCAACAACAUCCAACAAGAGCCCCCUACGGACAAGGGCUACCUGUUUGAAGAUGUGAUUGCCAACCCUUGGGCCGCCCAUAUUCUAGAGUCUGCCCUGGGAAGGGACCCCAAGGUCCGAUUCUACAGCGCCAAUACAGCCUUCAAGGCCGAGGCCCGUCAGCCUGUUCACAUCGAUGUUUACGACUACCCGCGGGCUCCCCACGCUUACUGCGUCAACGUCAACCUUGUUGAUGUCUCACCUCAGAAUGGUUCUACCGAGUUCUGGCUGGGUACGCACAACGAUGCGAAGCUGGGUUACCUCAGCAUCAACGGAACUGGAGAUGAUGGUCCGGAUCCAGACAUCGCCGCACAGAAGCGUGCUGCGAGAGCGAAAGCGUUGGGUGUUUCGGUGGAUUUCACCGAUGAUUUGAUCGAGGAGAGACGUAAAGUCCGACCUCCCAUCCGGGCUACUCUACCAAAAGGUUCAGUGAUCAUCCGUGACAUUCGGAUCUGGCACGCUGGUAUGCCAAACAAGACAGAGGACCCCCGUGUUAUGCUUGUCUCCAUCGUCUUCUCCAACUGGUAUCGCUCCAAUCAGACGAUUCUUCUGCCGGAACAGUUGAAGGACAACUUCAACUGGGGUCGCCUUGUCCCUUGUAUUGAGUGGACCGGUAAUGACCAUGAGUAUCUGCAAGGCGCUCAUGAAUUCAACCUCAUCCAAUUGCCUUGAGCGUUUGG